AUGUCUACCAAAACUGUUCUUAUUCUGUAUGUACAGAGUGCUCUUAUUCAGCUUAUUGCUUGUCAGUGCAUCGGCAAUGGACUGAACAACAUGAUCGCACCUGGCUUCGCCGGCGGUGAAGGUAUGGGUUGGGGUGGUCCAGGAUUCGGCUAUGGACCAAUGGGUGCUCCUUUCGCACCAGGCCCCAUGAUCGCUCCCGAAUGGACGCCUCUGGGGCCCGCUAACGUUCCUUCUUCAAACGGUGGCGGUUUCUUCGUGACCAGUUCUUCCCCAAUAGCGCCCGUCGGGGUGUCCGUCAUCUCGGACAAUGAGUACACUGGACCGUUGGCCGUAGGUGGACAGCUGCCUUUCUUGGGUACCGUCGGCCUGGAAGGCGCCCUACCCUCAACAGGCACUGGUGCUGUUACUUAUGGUUGUGGGAACGGUAACAUUGGCAUGGUGAGCGAAGCAGGAGCCGAGAUGGCCUACGCUAACGGACUAGCACCGGGCUAUGGAUUCGCUCCUGGUUUCCCCGGAGCCAACUACGGCUUUGGGGCGGCAGGUUUCGGUAUAAACAGUCUGAACAGAUGUGAAACUAUU